AUGGCGAGACUAUUCAAUCUCGGUCGUCGUCAUAAACAAGGCUUGUUCUACGAACCGCUCGUUCCGCUUCGUCGAGUCGGCUCAAGUGAAUCUCUCAACGAUAGAGAUGAUGGAAAACCCUCCCCAGUCUCCAUUGUUAGCACUGAAGUCGAUACUGCUGCACAGCUGGCUGGCGAGGGAGUUGACAUCAACCCUGAGGAGGCGGACAGAGAAGUGCGGCAAUUCUCGGGAUUAGGUCUGUCGUUCUCUUGUGCUCUGACUGCGAAUGAGUAUUUUUACGCUCCGUAUCACGAAGAGAAGCUACGCAUCUUACCACAAAUGAAUACAACUGGUAUGGGCACAGAACUAUUGUCAUACGACAUUCGUCUCAUAUGCAGUAGGCUUGGAACGAUCUUCUACUUGAGCUAUUUGCUAUUCGAAUAUCCGCAAAACCUUGCCCUACAGAGAUUUCCAGUUGGUAAAUGGAUGAGCCUCAAUAUAUUCGUAUGGGGAAUCGCUUUGUCUGCACAUGCUGCCUGCAAGAACUUUGCCGGUCUCUUCAUUGUUCGAUCCGUCCUCGGGAUGUGUGAGGGAUCCAUAACCGCUGGAUUUAUGAUCGUCAGUUCGAUGUUUUACACGCGGAACGAGCAAACUUUACGAGUCGGCUACUGGUUCCUCAUGAACGGCACGGCCCAGAUCAUAUCCGGCUUCAUUAGCUUCGGCACCCUACAUAUCAAGACAGAAGGCUUCGAGCCAUGGCAAUGGUUAAUGGCUAUUACGGGUGUUCUAACACUGAUAACAGCUAUCACUUUCUGGCUAUACUUUCCUGAUUCACCGACGAAUGCGUGGUUCUUGACGAAGUAUGAACGCACCGUCGCCAUCAGACGCUUGAAGGAAAACCAAACGGGAGUUGAAAACAAACAUUUCAAAAUUGAUCAGGUCCACGAAGCACUGCGGGAUCCGAAAACAUGGCUUUUCGCCCUCUUCUCAGCGCUGAACAACGUGCCAAAUAGCCUGACGAACCAGGGGCAGAUGAUUGUGGCCUCGUUCGGCUUCACGUACCUGCAAACGACGCUACUCGGCUGUAUUGAUGGUGUGAUCGAGAUUGCUACAAUAUGGACGGGCGUUCACCUUGCGGCGCACUACCAGAACGCGCGGGCAUAUGUCGGAGCGGUGUACUUUAUCCCUAAUCUCAUCGGCGUGCUGCUUCUCAAUGUGUUGCCAUGGAGCAAUCGUCUUGGUCUCUUGUGCGCACAGUGGCUCACUGGCGUAGGCACGACGGGUUUUGUACUUUCUUUGUCGUGGCUAUCGAAUGUGACUGCGGGGCAUACGAAGCGAGUGACUGUUAAUGCAAUCAUGCUCAUCGCGUAUUGUAUCGGUAACGCGGCGGGGCCGUUCAUGUGGCAGGAGAGAUUCAAACCGCGGAAUCAUAUACCAUGGACAAUCAUUGGACUAUGUUAUACCCUCUGUCCCAUCCUCCUCCUGAUGAUCCGCCGUGUUCUCUCGGCUGAAAACAAGCGACGUGACACAGAACCGCCAGACGAGACGUAUGACGAAGUCUUCGUCGAGGUCACCGACACGCAAGGGAAUUGCGUGCGACAGAAAGUAGAGAAGGAAUUUUUAGAUUUAACAGAUGUCCAAAAUAGAGAUUUCAGAUACGUCUUGUGA